AUGCGCUUCCUCCUUCUUCCCACUUUUAUCACCAUUAUCACACUUUUCCAGACAUCUGAACAAGAAGUUCGUCCUGUCACCCUCUUCAUUCGACUAUUUGAUGUAAAAGGAAAGCGAUCGACAAUUCUGGAUGAGGGAUACAAGUAUACUGUGGCUGAAUUGAAAAAUAUGCUUCUCAAGGAGAUGGAUGUGUCUGGGCAUAUUCUCAGAUUGUACUUUGAAGGUCAAGAGCUAUGGAUCCCAGACAGAACCCUAGCCAGUUAUCGUGUCCGUCCCGGAGAUACUGUAGACAUUUAUUUGGAGAACAUCGCUGAGCAAUUGGCUAUCCGAUUUGGUAAUCAGGAUAAGAGUCCCGAUGGUAGAUUGGCUGAAUAA